GUCUCUGUGUAACGGAAGUGGCUCGCCGGAGAGUUUCGGCUGGCUGACAGCAGAGGGAGAGAGAGAGAGAGAAAGAGAAAUGGCGCCUCGGUACUCCACUAGCUGAGACACAAUCAUAACGAAAGCAACUGACGAGAGCUUACUCAACACAACCCGUGUAUUAGCGGGGACAGACAGCAAACAUGGUGAACACCAGAAAGAGCUCGGAGCACAAGCCCAUCAGUCCCUUCGUCUCGGGUCGGACUAGGUCGUCUCGGAGGAACAACCCAAACUUGGACGAGCACAACAGCCGUAAGGAGCCCAGCAGUGAUGUUAACAGCAGUAGCCCACGUCUGUCUCCGCCAUCCAAACGGACACGCCGACAGACGCCUCCUAGUUCUACUGAUACUUCCCCAAGUCCACAAAGUAAAGGCCAGAGACCGGCAUGGACAAUGUCCAAACACUGUACCAGGUUGUCCACUGGUGCCUUGCAGAAUGGACGCAGGCGGAUGAGUUUAAGGGGUGACACUGCAUCAGAAGGGGAGCACAGUCGCAUGAAUGGUCACGUUGAGCUGAAAAGAAGUCGUCGUGUCAGGAAGAGCCAGUUUGAACAUCUCAAUCAGAGUUUACUGUUCGACCAGCUAGUCAACAGUACGGCAGAAGCGGUUCUUCAGGAGAUGGACAACAUCAGCAGCAUACGUCAGAAUCGAGAAGUGGAGCGCCUCCGCAUGUGGACCGAUACUGAACUGGAAAACAUGGAUAUGUACUCUCGCGUAAAGAGAAGGAAAUCGAUGCGCAGGAACAAUUUUGGAAUGCAGGCACAUCACAAAGGCAUCAGCAAAUCCAAAAAAGACCCUGAUGAGGAAGAGGGAACUGAAGAGUCUCAUGAAGAGGAAGAGGAGGAUGAAGAUGUGGAGGCAGAUGAUGAUGAGGACGAUGAAGGAGAUGAGGCGGAAGAGGCUGAAGAGGAGAACGACAGACCCUAUAACCUCAGGCAGCGUAAAACUGUGCAGCGUUAUGAAGCCCCACCAAUAGAGCCAGUGAACAGGAAGCAAAGCAAGGGCUCUCUGUUCGACACACACAGAUCUCCUGCAAGAAGAAGCCAUAUUAGAGUAAAGAAACACGCCAUUCACAGCAGUGAAUCGACAUCAUCAUCUGAUGAAGAGCGCUUUGAGAGGCGGAAAAGCAAAAGCAUGAGCCGUGCUCGCAAUAGGUGUCUACCCAUGAACCUGCGGGCAGAGGAUCUGGCCAGCGGUGUGCUUCGUGAUCGAACGAAAGUGGGUGCCAGUUUGGCAGAUGUGGAUCCCAUGAAUCUGGACACUUCUGUGAGGUUUGACAGCGUCGGAGGUCUUACCCAUCACAUCAAGUCUUUGAAAGAGAUGGUUGUCUUUCCUCUACUAUAUCCAGAAGUGUUUGAGAAGUUUAAGAUCCAGCCCCCAAGAGGAUGCCUGUUUUAUGGGCCUCCAGGAACAGGGAAGACACUGGUGGCGCGGGCGUUGGCAAAUGAAUGCAGUCAGGGAGACCGAAAGGUGUCGUUUUUUAUGCGCAAGGGCGCCGACUGUCUCAGCAAAUGGGUGGGAGAGUCUGAGCGACAGCUCCGCCUACUUUUUGACCAGGCAUACCUCAUGAGACCCUCCAUCAUCUUUUUCGAUGAGAUUGAUGGCCUCGCUCCUGUUCGCUCGAGCAGACAGGAUCAAAUUCACAGCUCCAUAGUGUCCACGUUACUGGCGUUGAUGGAUGGUUUGGACAGUCGAGGGGAGAUAGUGGUCAUCGGUGCUACAAACAGACUCGACUCUAUCGACCCUGCACUCAGGAGGCCCGGACGCUUUGACCGGGAGUUUCUUUUCAACCUGCCUGAUAAAAAGGCUCGUAAGCACAUUCUAGAAAUCCACACCAGGGACUGGAACCCCAAACUAGCCGAACCCUUCAUUGAGGAGCUCGCGGAGAAAUGUGUUGGCUACUGUGGGGCCGACCUCAAAGCACUUUGUACAGAGGCGGCGCUGGCGGCUUUGCGGCGGCGCUAUCCUCAAAUCUACGGCAGCGGCCAACGCUACCAGCUGGACGUGGGCUCUAUCGUCUUGGGUGCGCAGGACUUUGGCCGUGCCCUGCGCUCCAUUGUACCUGCUGGUCAGAGGGCAUUGGCUCCGCCCGGCCAGGCGCUCUCCUGCAUAUUGAAGCCCCUGCUGGCGCCUACGCUGGCCCAAACGCUAGCCUGCCUGUUACGAGUCUUCCCCCACGCAGAGCUCCUGCACAAGGAACACACAAAAGAUAGAGACAAUCAGCUGUUGGUGGAGGACUCAUACAGCGAGGAUGAGGAGUUUGUCGGUGCUCCUUCCAUAUAUGAACCUCAGUCAGGAUCCCCGAAGAAAGCCGCUUCAUCCACGACCCAUAAACCCUUUCUUCAUUUUACCACUUCUGCCUAUCAGCAGCCCACCUCGUAUCGGCCCCGUCUGCUGCUGACAGGACCUCAGGGGGCGGGGCAGAGCACACACCUGGCCCCUGCAGUGCUACAUCACCUAGAGAGGUUCACUGUGCACCGUCUCGACCUUCCCACGCUUUACUCAGUCAGUGCCAAAACCCCAGAGGAGUCCUGCGCUCAGGUGUUUCGUGAGGCUCGGCGGUGUGUGCCCAGCAUCAUCUACAUGCCUCACAUCAGUGACUGGUGGGAAGCCGUCAGCGAGACCAUCAAGAGCACCUUCCUCACACUGCUCCAGGAUGUGCCCUCCUUCACCCCGCUCCUCAUCCUCGCCACAGCAGAGAACAACUACCAGCAGCUUCCUGAUGAGCUAAAAUGCAUCUUCAGGUAUUCAUACGGGGAAGUGGUGUGUUUAACCACACCGGCGGAUGAAGCUCGCAGAAGAUUUUUUUCUGACCUCAUUCUGGUGCAAGCAGCGAAGGCGCCUCCCCGCAGGAAAAAAGCAGCCUGUACUCUGGAGGUGCUGACCCACGCUGAAGACCCCGGUCCCCGACAGCUCUCUCCGGAGGAGCAGAAGAGACUGGAGGAGCAGGAGGAGAACACGCUGCGCGAGCUCCGCCUCUUUCUCAGGGACGUCACAAGGCGGCUCGCCACCGACAAGCGCUUCCAGAUCUUCAGCAAGCCUGUGGACAUCGAGGAGGUGUCGGACUACCUCGAGGUUAUCACGCAACCUAUGGACCUGUCCACCAUCAUGAUGCAGAUCGACACUCAUAAGUACCUGGCCGCCAAGGACUUUCUAGUCGACGUUGACCUCAUUUGCAGCAACGCGUUACAAUACAAUCCAGACAAGGACCCGGGAGAUAAAAUCAUUCGGCAUAGGGCCUGCAGCCUGAAGGAUACAGCGCACGCCAUGAUCGCUUCUGAACUGGACCCUGAGUUCGAUCGCAUGUGUGAGGAGAUCAAGGAGUCACGCCGGAAACGAGCCCCUGCUCAGGCUGCACCGGAGCCGCCCGUCACCCCGAUCGCCGUGACGAACAGGAAGCCCGCGGGAGAAGAGGCGGGGUUAAGCAGUCCUCAGGGUGAUGGAGAGGACAAGCACUGCAGCAAUAACAUAAAGCGCAAAUUGCGGAGACGGCCGAUUUGGGGGCGGGGGAUCAUCAGGAAGAAAAAGAGUCACAAAAAGGAGGAAGAUGAUGAACCAGAGGAGGAAGAGGGGGUAGAAGACUCUGCAACGGUGCACGGCGAUGCUCUCACCCAGGACGAGUCUUCCUGUGACGCCAUGGAUAUCCACCAUGACAAACAGCCGCUCCAGGCCAAUGGACAUGCCCUCUCCAUGGAAGAGGAGGAGAAUUCGUGUGAGCCCACGGCUACCCGAGACCCUCCGGGUGAGGAGGAGACCGACGGGGCCCCAUCAGGUGGGGCAUUUGUUGGUAAGGAGUCGACGGUGGCCCCUGUGGUUCCCGCUCUUCAGCAGUGUUUAAAUGGAAAUGAGUCCAUGGACAGCAUAGACAGCGGUAAAGAAGCAGCAGAAGGAAGUGGGAAGGAGGUGACCGUAGGUUUGGGGUCUGUCGCAGAAGAUGCGGUUGUGGGAAAACCAGUGGAGCAUGAAGAAUCAUCUGACCCAGAAUGCAGUGCAAAGGAGGAGGCGUCACUGGUGUGUGAUACAGACCAUUGCAGUAAAGGAGCAUCAAAAUGUACUGAAGGCCCAUCAGAAGAGCAGCAGUCAGCGAUGCCGACCAUCACAAUCGAGGAACCUCUACCUCCUGCUCUUGUGGUUGACCAUCAGCGGCUCAAGGGCUUGUUGGAGCAGGUGGUUUCGAAAACUGCCGGUCUCAGUGUGGAUCAACUGGAGAGACUUUAUUCGGUGCUCAGUCAGUGUAUUUACCAGCACCGCAGAGACUACGACAAGAGCCGUCUGAUCGAGGCGAUGGAGAGGCAAGUUCAGCAUUUCGAAACAUUCCUGUGAUGAAAAGAGGGCUUUCAGAGAGAUACGCAAGAGAAAGAGCAGCGUUCUGAGCCAACACGCUGAGAGUCCGGACGUCUCCGUCUUUAACGACAGCACGGACAGAAAGGUGCAGACAGUCGAAACAAAGGCGAUAUUGGUGCUUAUCCUCUCAGGUACCUGGACAGAACCAGUCUACAGAACCAAACACAAAACUUACGUUUCGUUCUUUUCGUUCGUGUUUUUUUGUAAACUCUCAUAUUUGCCACAGUGAUCGUUUUUGGUGCUAUUGGGUGCUAUUGUUUUUUCGUCGCCUGCUCUUGGUUCUCCUCAUAAACGAGCAAAGAAAACACAAACAGUACAGAAUAAACGAUUGUGUGAUGUCACCGUGCAACCUCAGCCUCUUGUUUACUGGAAGCAAACACACACAACGCAGUGACAGAUUCUCACCAGCAGGGGAAAAACUGUAGAUGGAUGGUGCGAUACGAAUUACAGUAAAGGUCGAUGGAAACAAAAAAAACUAUGCUUUCCAGACUUCCAGCCACGCCCCCUGUGAUGUCACACUCUGUCAGCAUGGGAUUUAUCAACACCCACACGGAUACUCCUGCUAUCAAAUCAAAUUAAACGCUAUUUUAUACAGA